UUGCAGUGGUCACAUUUAUGUGUUCUCACACUACAUAGCCAGCCACAACCCUAAGCUUCUGUUCCUACACAACGUGGGACCCACUUAACGAGGUAACGUACUGCACCGUUCGGAGACUGAGAUCUGAAGCUUCAGUUGUUGUUGUUUGGUGGAAACGGAAAGAAAGGAAUUGAUCAAUGGCGGGAGCAGAAGAAGCAGAUAACACAAAUGCCAUUAUUACCAGAAUUGAACACAAAUCUCGCAAGAUCGAAACCUUACUCAAACAGUAUAAACCCGUCGAAGCGCUUAAAACCGCCCUUGAAGGCACAUAUGCCAUCAUUGUUGGAGAUGAGCGUUGCAAGGCGGCACAAUGGCUUGUGGUGCAUAGAGCUAUAAUGUGGUGUACACAAAUAACACCCGUAAUACUGGAAGGAGUAUAAUGUGGUGCCACCUAAUUGACACCUUCAAUAA